AGAGAGAGAGAGAGAGAUAAGGUGCUACAGAGGCGUGAGCUGACCGUUGUGAAGCAGGGCCCAGUGGCCCAGCUCACGCAGCUCCAGGAACCUCUCUCUGCACCCACACACUGCUCAUCAUGCAGAGUGAGCCCACCCUGUCACUUGGUUCAAUCAUCACCGUCCCUUACCUUCCCCUCCUCUCCAUGUGCGGCCACCUCCUUCCUCUCAACAGUUGGGCUUGGUCUCCAAAAGCAGCUAAAAAUCAAGCUCCGUCGCUGGUUGAUCUCCAUUUGUCGGAUGAGUGAAUCGCACUACACUAUGAGCUUCACGUAGCGCUGAGGGCUUGUCUUUUAAACUCAAUUUUCGGGUCAACUUUUUAUUUCGUUUCAGGACAUUCUCUCUCUAUCGUCCCCCUCCUCUCUCUCUAUCCGUGAAGGUGUCAGAGCCAGAGGCCACAUGAUAGUGGCGCAGCUGUAAUUUCGAGCUGCAUACACGCCCUAAGCCGCAAGGGCAAUCAUUCUGUUGGUCACUGAAAGAAUCUUUUUUUCAACUUUUGAAUGAAGUAAAAAUUUCAAAUUCCGGCCAACCCUUUUCAGUGAAAACUCCACUGGGGACCCUUUUUGCGUCCUAUUGCGGAAAGCAGUCUCAACCACUUCGGAUGACGAAGGUUCAGGGCAAUCAUCAACUAACUUAUUUUGUUGACGAAACGGUUGUUCUCUUAUCUACACUUAAUUAUACAAAAAAAAAAAAAAAUUGCACCGACACGACUAAGAUCUAGUAAAGAUACACCUCUUGAUUGGAAAAUCUGAUGCCAUUAAGAAAAAGAUUUGUGAUUUAAACUUAAUAAGAUUUUAUCACUUGAGUCUUUAAAGUUUAACAAUAGGUUUGUCCGUUCUAAAAUUCUAGUUACUAAAAUUAAGUGACCGUUUUGCUCGAAUAAGAUUUUUGGAGGUUCAUUUGGAAAAAUCACCAAGGCGCAAGAAAAAAAAAUGAAAAAGAGGAAGCGGAAAGGUGCAAAAAGGGAGAAAACGACACCUUUUCUUGAAACCCGGAAAUAUUUUAAGAGGAAGAAUGGCGCUCGUCCGGCUGUUUACUUCGAAGUAGAAACCCUAGAAAAACCCCCUCUGACGAUGACACCUCAAAAGCAAUAGCAGGGAACAGGAAGACGAAGAAAGGGGGGAAGCAAGAGAAAACGAUGAGCCAGAGACCUUAACUCAGAACAAUGGCGGACGCCAAGCACUGCUUCUCUCUCCCACCCUCCUCCUCUUUGUCAGUUUGCUUCUUCUUCAUCUUCCUUCUCUUCUUCUCUUGUUUCUGCAACUCCCAGCAGAGCCAGAAUGAGACGGCGUUGGAGGUCAGGGCUCUCUCCUCUUUCCGUCUUGGCCUUCAGGACCCAUUCGGAGCCCUUAGUAACUGGAAUGCCUCCUCUCCCCUGGCGCCCUGUGAUUGGCGGGGCGUCGGCUGCGUCUCUGGCCGCGUCCGCGAGCUUCGCCUUCCGAGACUCCGUCUCCAGGGUCCUAUAUCGCCUCACCUCGGCCUCCUUUCCGACCUCCGGAAGCUCAGCCUCCGGUCUAACCUCCUCAACGGCACCAUCCCCCCGUCCCUUGGCCGGUGCUCUUUCCUUCGCGCCCUCUUCCUCCAAUCCAACUCCCUCUCGGGGACAGUUCCUCCGGAGAUCUUUAAUCUCACCCGCUUGCAGGUCCUCAACGUCGCGCAGAACCUCUUGACUGGCAGCGUCCCUUCCGGCAGCCUUCCGGCUAGCCUCCGGUUCCUUGAUCUCUCGUCUAACGCCCUGUCCGGCGACAUUCCGGUAAAUGUGUCUGCCUCCGGGCUGCAGCUUCUCAACCUUUCGUUCAACCGGCUGACGGGCGAGAUUCCAGCGAGUUUCGGGCAGAUCGCGUCCUUGGAGUACCUCUGGCUCGACGGGAACCUCCUUCAAGGAAGCAUUCCUGCAGCGCUUGCCAACUGCUCCGUCCUUCGUCACCUCAGUGUGCGGGACAACGGGCUACGCGGGGAGAUUCCGGCGGGAAUCGGCCGGCUUCCAAACCUCGAGGUGCUCUCUCUCUCACAUAAUAACCUCACCGGUAUGCUUCCGUCGUCGCUCUUUUCCAAUACCUCCGGCUCCUCCCCGCCACUGCUCAGGAUCCUGCAGCUUGGAUUCAACAACCUCAGGGGCAUCUCCAGGCUAGAUAACUCUGGAGCGGCCGCGGUGGCGAGUUCGCUGCAGGUUGUCGACCUUCAGAGCAACAGCAUUGACGGCGAGGUUCCUUCAUGGCUUGUGAAUAUGACGUCCCUCACUGAUCUAUACCUCUCCGAAAACUCCUUUUCCGGAUCCCUGCCUGAAUCCAUUGGCAGAUUGACGUUGUUGCAGGAGCUUAGGCUAGCCGGAAACCGUUUCACUGGGGACAUUCCUCUGUGGAUCAGGAACUGCAGCCUAUUGCGGGUGCUCGAGCUUGAGGACAACAGACUCUCAGGAAGCAUCCCGGAAGCCUUGGGAUCACUCACAAGCCUAAAGACACUCACCCUUGGUGGAAACUCGCUCUCCGGCACGAUUCCGACGAGCCUUAGCAAUCUUUCGGCCCUUGAAACGCUGUCUCUGAGGUCCAACAACCUCACCGGAAGCAUAUCAAAAGAUCUCAUGCGGCUCGAGAAUAUGAGCCUUCUGGACCUCAGCGAUAAUUCGUUUUCCGGCAGCAUUCCCUCAGAGAUUGGCAACUUACAUGGAUUGUGGACCUUGAACCUGAGCGGUAAUGGAUUGUCAGGUGGCAUUCCGGCAAGCAUUGGAAACCUGCUGAAUCUGCGCACCCUUGAUUUGAGCAGACAAAAUCUCUCCGGCGAGCUACCAAUGGAACUAUCUGGAUUACCAAAUCUCGAGCACCUAGCUCUGUCCGAGAACUCGUUCUCCGGCGAUGUUCCAAUUGGUUUCAGCAGCUUACUGAGUCUGCGAUACUUAAAUCUGUCUUCGAAUCAUUUUUCCGGCAGUGUUCCAUCAGUCUUCGGUUUUCUGCGGUCGCUGGUCGUUCUCUCCCUCUCUUCCAACAACAUAUCCGAUUCGAUCCCGGAGGAAUUAGGAAAUUGCACCGACCUGACAGUGUUGCAACUUAGGUCAAACGACCUCUCCGGCGAAAUUCCGCCGGAACUUUCACGGCUCACGCAUCUAACAGAGCUAGACCUUGGCGAAAACAGCUUGUCCGGUGAUAUCCCGGCGGAAAUCUCAAACUGCUCGUCACUCGCUUCGCUCCGUCUCGACCGGAACCACCUUAGUGGCAGUAUACCGGACUCAUUUGCUGGAUUGGCGAACUUGAAAAUCCUCGAUCUCUCUGUCAAUAACUUAACGGGAGAGAUCCCUGCAAACCUGGUCCAAAUUGCCGGCCUGCAAAACUUCAACGUGUCCGAUAAUCAACUGAGCGGAAAGAUUCCGGCCCUGCUGGGAUCCCGCUUCCCUUCUUCGUCUUUCACUGGCAAUGCGGAUCUCUGCGGCGAACCAUUGGCUCGAAAUUGCGGGGAGAAGAAAAGAAAGACAACCAGGCUCCUGAUACUGAUAGUUGUCGUCGCGGGCUCUGUAAUAGCGUUCUGCUUGGCUGCAUGCUGUUGCUUGCUGAUGGUUGUCUGGUUAAGGCGUCGCGCUACUAUGAAUGGAGGGAAAAAGCGGAGCCCGGCGAGGUCGAGCGCCGCGGAGGCCGCGGCUGGGGAGAACGGCAGCAACGGCGGGAAGCUGGUCAUGUUCAACAACCGGAUUUCUUACGCGGAGACGCUGGAAGCGACGAGGCAGUUCGACGAGGAGCAUGUGCUGAGCCGCGGACGGAACGGUGUAGUCUUCAAGGCGUGUUUCCAGGACGGGACGGUACUCUCCGUCCGGCGUCUCGGGGAGAGCUCGAUCGACGAGGCCGCGUUCCGUAAGGAGGCAGAGUCGCUGGGCAGGGUGAAGCACCGCAACCUCACGGUCCUCCGCGGCUACUACAUAUCGCCGGAGGUCCGGCUGCUUAUCUAUGACUACAUGCCCAACGGCAACCUCGCCACCCUGCUGCAGGAGGCGUCACAUCAGGAUGGCCACAUCCUCAACUGGCCCAUGCGCCACCUGAUCGCCCUCGGCGUCGCCCGUGGGCUAGCCUUCCUCCACGCAGCGUCCAUGGUCCACGGCGACGUCAAGCCCCAGAACGUUCUCUUCGACGCCGACUUCGAGGCCCACCUUUCCGACUUCGGGCUGGAGAAGCUCACGGCCCCGACGUCGGCGGAGGCGGCAUCGACUUCGUCGACGCCGGUGGGGUCGCUAGGGUACGUGGCACCUGAGGCCGCGGUGACGGGCCGGGCGACGAGGGAGGCGGACGCGUACAGCUUCGGGAUCGUGCUGCUGGAGCUGCUGACGGGCCGGAGGCCGGUGACGUUCACGCAGGACGAGGACAUCGUAAAGUGGGUGAAACGGCAGCUGCAAAGAGGCCAGAUCUCGGAGCUGCUGGAACCGGGCCUGCUGGAGGUCGAUCCGGAGUCCUCCGAAUGGGAGGAGUUUCUGCUGGGGAUCAAGGUGGGACUGCUGUGUACCGCGCCCGACCCGCUGGACCGCCCGUCGAUGGCGGACGUCGUGUUCAUGCUCGAGGGCUGCCGUCUCGGACCCGACCCUCCUUCCUCCGCCGACCCCACCUCGCAGACCUCUCCCGCCUGAGGGACCCCCUUCCCGCGGGAAACCAUUUUCCUCUCUUUUUUUUUCUUUCAAAUUUUCUUUUUUCUCCUUUUGCCUUGGGCAUUGAAUUAUUUAAUAUUAAAAAUUCCACGCCGGAUUCUUUUGGA